CGCCUCGGCGGAGGCGUGUGUGAUGGUGCGGGCAUGGCGGGGCAGCCGGCGGCCGCGGCGCUGCUGAGGCGGGGGGCGGCUGGUCCCGGUCCCGGCGGCGGCGGCAGCAGCAGCAGCCGCCAGCUGGAGCUGCCUCCCUCUGCCCUCCGCCCGGCCGCCGCUUCCCCCCGCCCCGGCCGGCGCUGAGGAAGGGCGGGAGCCGCCCGGCCGUGCCGCCCGGCCGCCGCCAUGCUGCCCGGGGUGGGGGUGUUCGGCACCGGCCUGACGGCGCGGGUGAUCGUGCCGCUGCUGCAGGCGGAGGGCUUCGCCGUCAAGGCGCUGUGGGGCCGCACGCCCGAGGAGGCGGAGGAGCUGGCCAAGGAGAUGAGCGUCCCCUUCUACACCAGCCGCAUCGACGAGGUGCUGCUGCACCAGGACGUCGACUUGGUCUGCGUCAACUUGCCGCCGCCGCUCACCCGGCAGGUCGCCGUCAAGACCCUGGGCAUUGGAAAAAAUGUCAUCUGUGACCGAACGGCGACCCCUCUGGAUGCCUUCAGGAUGAUGACAGCAGCUCAUUAUUACCCCAAGCUCAUGAGCAUCAUGGGGAACGUUCUGCGCUUCCUGCCUGCGUUUGUGAAGAUGAAGCAGCUGAUCCAGGAGGGUUACGUAGGGGAGCUGCUGGUGUGUGAGGUGCAGGUUCACAGCGGAAGCCUGCUGGGCAAGAAGUACAACUGGAGCUGCGAUGACCUGAUGGGAGGUGGAGGCUUGCACUCAGUUGGCACCUACAUCAUCGACCUCCUGACCUUCCUCACCAGCCAAAAGGCCGUGAAAGUGCAUGGGUUGCUCAAGACCUUUGUGAAGCAGACAGACCACAUCAAGGGGAUACGGCAGAUCACCAGCGAUGACUUCUGUACGUUUCAGAUGGUCCUGGAGGGUGGCGUGUGCUGCACAGUGACACUCAACUUCAACGUCCCAGGGGAGUUCAAACAAGACAUUAUUGUUGUGGGUUCAGCAGGACGGCUGAUUGUAGUAGGCACUGAUCUUUAUGGACAGAGCAACAGCUCUCCUCAGCGGGAGCUCCUGCUAAAGGACUCCACACCAGUCAGCAACUCCUUACUUCCAGAGAAGGCCUUCAGUGACAUCCCAUCCCCAUACCUCCGGGGCACCAUUAAGAUGGUUCAAGCUGUCCGGCAGGCAUUUGAGGACCAGGAUGACAGGAGGACCUGGGAUGGGAGGCCCCUCACGAUGGCUGCCACUUUUGAUGACUGUCUCUAUGCCCUGUGUGUGGUGGACACCAUUAAGAAGUCAAACCAGUUGGGAGAGUGGCAGAACAUUUCCAUCAUGACCGAGGAGCCGGAGCUGAGCCCAGCAUACUUAAUCAGUGAAGCCAUGCGGAAGAGCAGGAUGUCUCUGUACUGCUAGCUCCUCUCAGCUCCUAGGAAAGAACAGGAACCAGGCAGCUCUUAAAGGAAAUGGUAAUUCAGCCCCUGUGAAGGGCCUGGGCAUCUUAUAAACAGCUGAGGAUACGGGACAAGGAAAUAUGGUGUUUGGAUCAGCUAAGUCUGUUGGUGGCUAAAUGCCAAAGUGGUAGGGUCCUUAGAAAUGCCCAAAACAGUCUACUUAAGAGCUGACAUAACUGUUUUGAUACCAGUAUUAGCUGGCUGACUGGAAAGAUAUAUCAUGGACUCCUGCUUGCAGGUGCUUUAGAUUAUCCAAUUUUGUUUACUGUGAAAGGUUGGGAAGAUCCUUUUAGAUUUUCCCUACCUACCAGAGGGCUGUGAAGGUACUGUCAUGUCAUUAAAUUUUUCUGUAGUGUCUGACAUGAACAGUUCCUGCCAUGACAGCUGACACCACCGUGCUGUAGUACUACACCUGAAACCAACACACAGAAUGACAGGACCUGGUGUGAAACUGUCGUGUGAGAUGGAAAGUCUCGGCAGCUCACUUUUCAUGGAGCUUGUUAGGAGCUUCUCUGUGUUGGUUUAGCUACUUGUGUGUUUUUUUGUUAUGUUUUGUUUUGUUUUAUUUAAAGCACAAUUAAGUAGGAAAACGUGUGGCUUCUAAAACAAAGCAGCCCUCAACCACAGUACAUAUGCCCCAGUAUUGGUGGAGGGAGGCUCUUCUGUAGGGUUCCAGUAAACCUCGGUGUUUACUGCACAGAUUUGAUGAUUAAAAUAGGUUGUGCAAAAUCUUCUUGGAUGGCAGGUGGGAUGACAUAGUACUGAUAGUGGGUUUUAUUAUACAGCUGAACUCAGGCUACUCUUAUGAAGGUUUACACACUAUUUCCUGGGUCUGGAUUUUUGAGUGAAUUCAUCGUGCAUUUUUGGUUUUAGGUGGAAAAUGGUAGAGAUUCAGCCCAAAACCAUAUGAUGCUUAGAUGGGUGGUGUUCUUUUAAACUUUUGUGAACUCACACUUGAGAGCUGCACAGCGACGAUUAAUUUCAUAUAGAGGCUUUAUCCUCUACCAAGUGGUGAGUGUGAGUGAAAAUCAAAAGGGAUGAGAAAUUUCCGGUCUGUUUCCAGGGAAAAAAAUUACACAAAGCCCCCACCUCUUCACCUCCUUAAAGUGGCCAGCUACUGGUACUGUAGUAAUCAUUCCCUGUCAUUAGUGCAGGGGUGGACAAACUCUUUUGAUAUGUUUGUCAUGUUCUUCUUUUUAAUAUUUUAGAUUGCAGUCUUAAAACAAUAAAUUCUUUCAAGAAUGCAUUCUUGAAAGAACAUGGUGAAAGGCACAUGAAUUAUUGCAGUGAACAGGGAUACUUCUUUUCUGCAUAAAGCUGCUCCAGUGCUUAAGUGUUUACAGAGCUAGGUCCUCAGAUAGGACCAAAGUAGAACACAAGCAUAGAGCACUAAAUUGUAUUAAUCUUGAGAAAACCUUGAGGGUUUUUUGUUAAUUUUGACUAAGAGAAAAAAGAGGACAUUUGGAUGAGAAGUACAGAGAAAAUAUGACCCACUUUCUCAAGGCACUAGUGUUGCCAUUUUAGGUUAGAAAGAGAACUGUCAGAAUAAUUUACUUUUUUUUAAAAAAAAGCACUUGCAGUUUUGCUAUUUUUAGGAGAACUAAGGCUUUCUCUAGGGCUCCUCCUACAAAUCACUCUGAUUGCUGUAUGCUCCUGCCUGUCCUAUGCCCAAUUUUAGAGCUUCAAGUUUCUGAACAGGAGGGCAUCAGUAGUUUGGUUCAUCUCAUCUGAUUUUUGCCAACUGAAAGUCAGGUGUCUUGUCCUGAUCAGCUGUGCAAGGACACAGUAGUCAAUAUAGAGAGACCUCUCCAAAGGCUGACUCAGUUAAUUCCAAGAUUAAUAUAGAAAAAGGUGCCCAUUGGAAAUUCCUGUCCUCCUCCUUUGCAGAGGAUCUUGGCUUCUAAAUUUUUAGAUGGCUAAGUUUAGGAAACUUGACUUCCACCCAAAAAUUAUUAAUGUGUGUUUAAAAUUUGAAGAGCAUACGUGUGACCUCUCAUGAAAUAUUCCCCAAAGUGUAAUAGUGUGACUGAUGAAGGAAUAAUGUAAUACUGCAAAACCACACCCACAUGGAGAAUUGUUUGUAUCCACGUUGUUCAAUCAGUGCUACCAACUGUCUCUGCGGCUGUCUGCUUCUGCUGAGACCUCGGGCAAGCUUUCUUCGUUCCUUCUUGGAAGCAGCCCUUCACAAGUUUGGCUGUUUUUUCCUAAAAAUUGAUUUCUCUGGGAACUCCUGAGGUAGUAUCAGGAAUUUCCCAUUAUAAUUGUCAUGGUAUACCAUGCUAUCCAGUUCCUACCCUGAAAAAUACACAGAGAAAUACAGGGGAGAGAAUUUGUUCAAGAAGUAAUCUCUCACUCUUCUGAAAAAUGCAGUUAGCCCCAAGGGGACCAAGAAAGCUUUCUUAUAGUAAGGCAAAAGCCAUUUAUUUAAAAUAGUGGCUAGUUCAAGUCAUGAAUGCAAGCUUGGUGGAUAAUUAUCUAGUUAAACAUAAUCCAAAACUGGAACUAAGCAUGGACCAAAAUGUUUGUGACUCUUGCUUCUUAGUGGUUUGGCAGUUGUGCUGGAAUUGCUGUUCAUGUCUUUGCACGUCGUUUUGGUUCACAAAUGUUGACAGUUUUUCCUAUCUGUAGUUUGUUUAGUUUUUUUUCCCCCCUUUUUAUUUUUGUUUGUUUGUUUUGUUUUGUUUGUGUCUUUCUGGGUUUUGUGAUGCCAGCUGGAAGAAGAGAUGCUGGAAUCCUGUUCCCAGCCCCUGCAGUGAACAGUCCUCAGGCGAGACACAGUGUAUGAUUGUACUACUGAGCUCAACCUUUCUGUCCUGGAUCCAAAGGUUUAGGUGACAGGCAUCAUCCAUUGUCUCUGCAGACUUACUGAUGCAGAUAUUGCUGCUUCACAGAAAAAAAAAUCUAAUGUAUUGGUUACAUGGUCAUCUAAUGCUAGUAUUAGUUAGUACUGGCUUGCAAAUGUGUUGAAUCCCAUGCAGUUUGUUGUGUGACCACAGUGCUGGCCCCAGAGAGACAGCCAGAAUGAGCAUGGGCAGGGUGGGACCUCCUCUGCUGACAGCAAGAGAGAUCUUGCACUAGAUGUAGGGGAAGUUGUUACCUAACUGGGAUGGCAGCAGUAACUGCAUACACUCAGGAUUGAAUGACAGUUAUUCCAUUCUCUAGGAGGUGAAGGUGCUGUGUUGUCAAGUGUAAAGAUACUAAAAUUCCAUCUGUCUUCGAGGAGGAAGGACUUUGGUUUAUUUAUAGAAUAUGUAUUACUAUUCUGAUAAAUUGUUACUUUACAGUCUGGAAUCUUUCUUGGCAGCAUCAAGCCCUCUGCUCUUUGGGUACAGCUGAAAGUACAUUGAAUUGCGCUCAGUAGCUUCUGGAAUUCAUAGAAUCAUAGAAGGGUUUGGGUUGGAAAGGACCUUAAAGGUCAUCUAGAUCCAACCCCUCUGCAUGGGCAGGGACACCUCCCACUAGAUCAGGUUGCUCAGAAUUCCUGCUGGCUUUAAGAACUUGGGCAGUAGAUAGCAGAGAUGAACUUGAUUGAACUCAGAAUCGGUACCACACUGGGAAACAUACAUUUGGAAUUGCACUUUUAGUACUGUUCUUUAAAGCUGUGCCACAAGGUUUGAGAUGAAUGCUGCUAGAAUUGGUGAAGCUUAAUAGCCAAACUGAGGCUACUGCUGGAAUUUUCAGUAGCCCCCAAAUGAGCUUGUUCAUACACUAGGUAAGAAAUGUUAAUUCCUCUUUUCCAGGGCUGCUUUUGGAGGGGCUCUUUCCUUUGCAUCAACCUGUGCACAUAGGAUACUGAACGUUAUGGUCUGUUGCCAAAGACAAGAACUAAAGGGUGAGCCCAGGUGAAAUGCUUUGCUGCUCUGCAGUGGUCUGUUCCUGUGCUAGGAUGGUCAGCUGAGAGACAGCGUCUCAUUUCCCAUGGGAAAUUGCAUUGGGGCCCACACCAGGGGUAGGGCGACCCUACGCUGUGCAACAGCAGGGCACAACUGAAGUCCUUCCAUGUGCCCAAAGGGAGAGUGGUGACUGCAGCUGGGAGUGACAGGAGGGUGUGUCUGCAGCCUGGUACCCAUAUGCUUGUGCCAACAGGGAGAAUAUGCUGCUGAGGGCUGCACCUCCUGAGGGUGACACCAGCAGCCUUCCUCCACCUUUGUGUUUGGGAGCCCAAGAUGGGACCCUGCCCUUGGGAAAGCAGCAUCCCUCCUGUACUCCUGCUAGAUCUGUGUACAUCCUCAGUGCUGAACUCAGUGAAGUCCUGCUUGGACGCAUAAGAACUCUGCCGGAACUUAGGGUUUCCUAUAUCUAAUAUCAUGCAUGUGUUAAAUUAAUAGUACUUAAGUACUUUAGCUGUGUAGUUAGAAAAAACCAAGUAGAGCUGAUAUGUCUUUACCCAUGCAGCAGAGAAUCAGGGCAUGCAUAGGCAAGGUUAGGCUCAGGAUGGGCUGCUGCUGAGUUCAUCCUUUGCUUUGGCUGAAAGCAUGAGAAAUUCCUGCCCAGCCAGCACCGGGCAAUCAGAGGCGCCCUCCACUUGGUGUUUCCUUCUUUUGGAUAGUUUUUGAAUCAGUGACUGUACAAGUGAACAGCUGUCCUGGAAGUUCAGCCAUUCAAAAAUGAGGCUUUUCUGCUGCCUGUGGUCACAGAGCAAGGACAAUUCACUUCCUCUUGUUUAUUUCUGUGUCCAUACAAAUGUGGAAAAGACCCAGACAAUUUAAAAUUAUUUAUCUACCAAAAAAAAGACCAACACCAAGACCCCAGCAAAAAACCAACCAAACAAACAAAAAAAACACACAACAAAAAACAAAGCACAGAUUUUAUUUAAUGGGUUAAGGUAAACAUAGCAUCUUGAUGGUGUCUUUGCAGAGAUUCAGAAAGUACUGAUGACAGAAUCUCGUUGUUUGGAAUUUUUAGAUCUUACUAUUACGUAUUGCCUUCAUUACAAAAUUCCACAAAUUAUUAAGUCAAGUCAAGUCUUGUAUUUACAAGUGUUUAAAAGCACCCAGUGGACUUUGGGCUUCAUCCACAUACUCAACAUGUUGGUGUGAUGUUCCAGUGGUCCAGUGAUGUACCCUCUUAAGUACGUAUGAAACUCAACACUGGACUGUUUGAACUCUGCCAUGCUCCCUGGGUAUCUAGGACUAGUUGUGAAAUGGCAGGAUUAUUCAGGACAGCAGUUUCUUGUUGUUGUUGUUGUUGAAGUUGUUACUUGUGGAGAGCAAAGUUUGUAACUUUUAGAGAUGAAAUAUGACUGAAUAAUAAUUGGCAGUCUUGUCUGCUUUAAAAUUUCCUCUGUCUUGAGCUGCUGGGUGAAUUCUAUCCAAUAAAAACAAUUGGCCCUUUAACAAUAACUGCUCACUUCCAUUUGCUCAUGAAAAGAAGAAAUUUUAAGUAGACGGGACUAUACAUAAUGCUGCAUUCAUGAACCGAUGUCAUGACCUCAUGACUUAGUGAGUGUAUCAAGCCAGACACCAGGCAAGCAAUGACUUUUUUGAAGCUGCCAAAUCAAAGCCUUGGGGUUUGGGAAUGAAGGGUAUAAGCUUAGGUGAAACUGCUUUUAUUCAGCAUUUUCUAUCAACUGAAUAAGCAGAACGCCUAUGGUCAAUCCAAAACUGAAUGCGAAACAUGUUUGUGGAAGGUAAUUUACAUUUAUUCCUUUGGGAUUAAGUUCCACUUUUAAAGAAUGCUGUUUUGAAAUGAAAAGUGUUUUUUGUUUUUGUUUUAAAUGCAUCUUUUAUUGUGUUUUGGCAUGUGUGAAAUUAACUGUUUGAUUGUGGGGUUUGUUUGUUUGUUUCUAAAGUUCAUACUUUAAAAAAACCCCACCCAGUAGGUUAAGGCCGAUCAGUGAAUUCAGCUGCCCUUGGGCAGGUUUGGCUCUGCAGCCUCGCAGUGUCAUGCAGUGACCCCAUUCCUAGCAUCUGAACUUGGCCAUCUGGGUUUCAUUUGUGUCUCCUUGUGGCAGUGGGAAAACUGGUUCAUUACACAGAGUUGGCAACGGAUAACCAAGAUACUUUUUGCAGCAGUGCCAGCCAUCGUCUUUAAAAGCACUUAACUCUAUUAACUUGUUUACCAUGCUUAUUUAUGGCCUUCCAAGCCAUGUGCUGUCCAUUGCUUCCUUUUCUUUUUACCCCAGCCAUCAGAUUCUCUUCACUCCCCUGUUUCUCAUUCCAUUGCAAGCCACAAGGCGUGUCUCCCUUGUUUCCCACUGAGUUGACGCUCAGUCUGUGUGACACAUGGCAUACAGGGUGGCAAACCUGCAACUUGAAGUAACUUUGAACACAGAUUCAUUAAACAAUACGUUAACACAACUGGCCAUGGCUGUGGCGUGGCCAGCCAAGGCAGGAAGCAGAGCUCCCUGCUGUGCCGUGCUUUACAAGCAACACUCAGUGUUUCUCUCUGUACUACUUUUAUUUGAUUUUGAAAAUGAGAUUAUGUUCAGUUUGUUGCUGUGUCAAUAUUACGUAUAUAUUUAUUGUCUUUCAGACACACCUACAUAUAUAUAAAUGCUAUAUAUAUAUAAUGUCAACGCAUGGACAUAUGUACAGUAGAUCUUUUAAAGAGCUAUUUAUCAAGAAAAGUAAGUGUUAUAAGUAAACAGAGUUUAUAUUUUAUAUAUUAUGUAGAUAGCAAAAAAAAAAAGUGUUUAAAUUAUAGUAGGACUUUUGGGGAUGGGGGGUGGGGUUGGAGAAACGGGCAAGGACUGGUUCUAGCAUUUUAAAUAGCCAAACUACUUUGUAUGGAAGCUGCCUGCUGUGCCUCUCGGCUGCAAUAUCUGUUUGUUUCUUCUUCUGGAAGAUGAUGUGCAUUGUUACUUUUACAUUGCUUGGGGAAUGUAGUUAGUUUAUUCUCAGCCAACUGGUAUGUGCUGCUUACAACAUGGUUUCCUGCUGUUCUGCAUAUUUGGAUUGAUGGAGAAAAAAGGAUCUUAACCGGCAAAUAAAGAUGUAAAAGGAUGUGA